GUUUUAAUAAUAGUAGGAAUAUGAACAAUAACCAUUUUUCUCAUAAUGAUCCAUCAACAAGAGAGAGAGCCGCCACUUUUGGAGGCCAAAAAGAAGGACAUUUUGGAGCAAAUGCUAAUGAAGGAGGAGCAACAUCUCAAAACUUUGAAACUUAUCUUACAAAAUAUGAAUAUUUAAGAUUGAAUUAUGAAAACGAGGGAAUUUCUCAAAGUUCCCUCCUAUUAUUAAGAAGAUUAUCAAAAAGUUUUCAUGAUAAUGACCCUAGCCUUUCAACCCUGCCAAUCCUCAAGGAGAUGGUCAACGUUUGUAAAACAUUAAUGCUCAACGAUUUUGAGAUUUUGAUAUGGGCGAUCUAUCUCAAGGAGACCGUAAUGAACAGGAAUGAUUUCAUUGACUACCUUAGCACAAGUGCUAUGUUUGUAAAAUAAAGAUCUAAAUGAGAAUGAUGUCUUCAAAAUUUUUGAGACUUUCUUUGCUCACAACCACUAUGAUACUUAUGCAAAAUACGCAUCAAGUAGUAAACCCCAAGUAACUCUGACACUGAAAAGGAUAAAUUAUUAUAACAUGACCUUACUAGCUCCCUUCGAAGAGAGGAGAGAUAAAGAAGUACAAGAUUUUAACUAUGAAGUUGACGCUCUUGAAGAUGAGCAUGUCAGGAGAGAAGUCCAUACCACUAAGGUAGUACUCGACGAAAAUAAUGAUGCUAAGGAUAAAGAUAACAAGAAUGACGGGAAUUAUACAGAAUCUAUUGGUAAAAGCAAUAAAAGGACAAGAAAGGCCAGGUCUAAAGCCCAACCAGUUGCUAAGGUAUCUCCUCAGCCAAUUCAACCUAUACCAACUCAGGCUCCUCAGAGUACACAAUUUAAUAAUAUCAAAGCUAAAAGAGAGUCCAAGAAAUCUUUUGAUUUCCUAAAUGGGGAUGACAAAAAUGACCAGGGCAAUGAUUCUCCAUUUGCCCCUACCCAAAAAUUCCCUUCUUUAAUAAAUAGAAGUCCUCAAAUGCCUAGUGCUUCCGCUCAAGAAAAGAAGCCUCAGCUACUCUUCAGCCAAAUUGGAGCUAGUGUAAAGAAGCCAGAGGAAAAAGGUUCGGAUUCAUUGUAUCCUUUCGGAAAUAAUUCGAGCAACGUAACCCCAACAAUUACCGCUCCUUUCAACAACAGACCCAAGCCAUCUAUUGAAUCCAUCGGGGCUGCAAUUGGUGCUUUCGACCACAUUGACGACCAGAUCGGAUUUGCUAGUAGAGAAUUUAUGCAGGACAAAUCACAGGAAUUCAAAAGCUAUCUCAAUUCCUCCUUUAAAACCAACUUUAACCCCUUUGCGAGUGGAGAAUUUGGCAGAAGUAUGGAGCCAAAUGAGAUGUCUAGAAACCUCCACCACCCAACUCCGAAAUACCAUCAAAAGUAGCUAUGAUCUCACUCAGAUGUAUUUUUAAUUUCUUUAAUUUAGAUGCC